UGGGGCACUGGGCCAUGCAAAACGAACUAUCAGUAAAGAUGACGCCACUUCCUGUCAUUCCUGCCAACGGAAGUAGUUAAUUGAGCAAAAUGGCAACCCCUUAUGUUGAAGAUCAAUCUGGGAAAUACAUUGCUGCUACACAGCGACCUGAUGGAACCUGGAGGAAGCCUCGUAGAGUGAAGGAUGGUUAUACCCCCCAGGAAGAGGUCCCUGUCUACGAGAAUAAAUUUGUUAAGUUCUUCAAGGGCAAGCCCGAUCUGCCACCAGGUAUGAGCCCCGACAAUGUGGCCCAGGCAAGGCAGCAGCAGGGGAUCCCCGGCAUUGCAGAGAACGAGACAGCUGGGCUCUCCAAGACAGCCAAGCGAAACAUGAAACGCAAGGAAAAGCGCAAGCAGCAAGGCCCGGAUAGCAAUGUGGAAUCACUAACAAAUGCUGUUGAGACUAUGACGUUUGCCGAGGACGGUGAUAGUGUGACGCCUGCAUCUAACCCAGCUGGAGCUACUAAUGACCCUUCAUCUGCAACAGCAGAAAAGGCCAAGAAAAUCAAGAACAUAAAAAAGAAGCUGAGGCAGGUUGAGGAGCUGCAGCAGAAACUGGAUUCUGGGGAAGUCAAGCAAGCUACAAAAGAGCAGCAGGAGAAGCUUGGAAGGGCCAAAGCCUUACAGGACGAGUUACUGCAGCUUGAGGAGGAUUCAUGAGAUAGAAAAUGUUGUAAAAAUGGGCAGCAAACCAGGUGUGGAAGUUAGACUGUUCAAAAAUACAAACACCCAGUUCUAAAAGAAAUGGACAUUUACAGCUGCGUUGAUGAGCUUCCCUUGAACAGUUUCUGGAUAUUUGUUGAUAUCAGACAGCCAAUGAACAUGAACUUUGGCUUUUGGAAUAUCAAGUGUACAUAAACCCAACACUUCACGUGUUAUGUUGUUGACAAUAAGUGAUCAUGCUUUUCCCACACCUUGUCCAAAACCAAUUACCGAACAACAAUGAGCCAGCCAGGUGUUUUCUCUUCAUUUAAAAUGUACAAUUGUGUACAUGUACAAUUGAACUGAUUCCUUAUGCUUGGCUUAUGCUUGGCUAUGAACUUAUUGGCCAUUCAAUUAUAGUUGUAAUAGCAUUUAUUUGUGUACUUAGUAUGUUUGUGCAUUUUGUAUAUUUUUUAUAUUUUUUUAUCUUUAUCUGUCAAGAAUAGCAUAAAAUAUUAUAUAUUAGUUGGUUGCAUUAAAUAUACAAAAAUCCCCUAUUGAAAAGAAUACCUGUUUGUUGACCCAUCUCUGUACUGAAAUGAUACAUAUUUUCCUAAUGAUUGGAUUACUUCAAAUACAGUUUGAAUUUGUGUACAUAAUGAAGAGGUUCAUGGUUUACAACAUUGUAAACAACUAAUAAUGUAAAUUCCUGUGAUUACAGAGGAUAGAGAGGAUUGUGCUGUUUUUUAAAAUCUGAUUUCAGCAAUCAGAUAUGAUUAAAUGUUAGAAUGUGAUUCUGGUCCUCUUUGUAGGAAUUCGGAUUUGGUUAUCCAAUCUGACCUUUUAAUCACGAUUAAAUGUCGUUUUUCAAAGGCGAUUUGGAUAGUUUUGAUGCUGAAAUUCUGGAUUAUCUUGAUCUCACUGGAAGGGUGGUUCUAGAAAGGUGAAUGGCACUACAACCAAGACAUUUUAAUGUAAACUGAACAAAAAUAUAAAUGCAACAUGUAAAGUGCCGGCCCCAUGUUUCUUGAGCUGAAAUAAAACAUCUCAGAAGUUUUCCAUAUGCACAAAAAGCUUAUUUCUCUCUAAUUUUGUGGACACAUUUGUUUACAUCCCUGUUAGUGAGCGUUUUAUCUUUUGUCAAGAUAAUCCAUCCACCUGACAGGGUGGCAUAUCAAGAAGCUGAUUAAACGGCAUGACCAUUACACAAGUGCACCUUGUGCUGGGGACAUUGUAAGGCCACUAAAAUGUGCAGUUUUGUCACACAACACAAUGCCGGAGAUGUCUCAAGUUUUGAGGGAGCGUGCAAUUGGCAUGGACACUGCAAGGAAUGUCCACCAGAGCUGUUGCCAGAGGUUUGAAUGUUGAUUUCUCGACCAAUGUUGUUUUAGAGAAUUUGGCAGUAUGUCCAACCAGCCUCACAACCGCAGAACACUUGUAACCAUGCCAGCCCAGGACCUCCACAUCUGGCUACUUCACCUGCGGAAUCAUCAGAGGGGGUGCUGAGGACUAUUUAUGUUUCAUUGGCUGGGCCAUGUGCCCCUGUCCAGUCAUGUGAAAUCCAUAGAUUAGGGCAGAAUUAAAUUAUUUAAAUUGACUGAUUUCCUUAUAUGAACUGUAACUCAACAAAAUAUUUGAAAUUGUUGCGUUUAUAUUUUUGUUCAGUAUAACUAAGGUGACAAGGUUUAAAAAGCAAUUUUGCAUCUGAAAACGAAAGGUAAUGUUAAAUUGGUUGUCUUAAAGUAAUGUGGUCAGUUGUUAUAUUGAGAAGUGUCAAAUAAAUGCAUAUACUUAUGUGAUAUGCAGACAAUU